CUUCCAUACACGCAACCAUGCCUUCUUUGACACCUCGAUACACUUAUUGCAGCGGGUUCGAUGAUGAUUGCAAUAACUCCUCCUGGGACCGCUGGGGUCGCUGGGUCGCUUUUGCCGUCAUCGUAGCCAUUGCCUUCCUUGUCUUCUUCGCUUUCGCUUGCUUCAACGCUCGUCGUCGCCGUUCUCACGGCCGACAGCCCUUGAGCGGUACAGCAUGGAUGGCACCGCCACCUGGACCACCACCGCCCAACCAGCCUACAUACCAGCAGCCAUACUACAACAAUAACGAUCCGUACUACCAGCCACCUCCCCAGUAUUCUGCCAACCCGCAGAACUACGGCUACUUCGGUGCCCAGGCACCGCACCCAAACCAACAGCAAAGUGGCAUCGAGUUGCAAGCGCCCCAAAAUUCGUAUCACGCUUCCGGGGCUCGAGAAUAUGAACCCCCAAUGGGUCCGCCCCCGGCCAAGUCAUGA